CGGAAGUUCUUCACCUUUUGUUGAACUUGUCUGUGGUCCAGCCAGCAUGGACUAUAUACCACAGUCGAGGCACCCUAACUUUAAGUCUUGCCUGUUGCUCCGACACUUUUGAAGCAGCAUGUCGUGGCUCUUCGGCUGGGGGAAGGGCUCCGGGUCUCCGCCCGCGGAGGAGCAGACACCGGCUGCUCCCGGUGACGGUGCCGGAGGAGCACCGGGUGGUCAGGGGGGAGGCAAACCCGGGGACAAGUGGAGCAACUUUGAUCCGACCGGGCUUGAGAGAGCUGCAAAAGCUGCAAGGGAUCUCGACAAAUCACGACAUGCCAAAGACGCGCUGGCACUGGCUCGUAUGCAGGAGCAGACCGUACAGCUGGAGCAUCAGAGUAAAGUGAAAGAAUAUGAGGCGGCCGUGGAACAGCUGAAGGGUGAACAGAUCCAACUGCAGGGUGAGGAGAGACGGAAAACUCUCACAGAGGAGACAAAGCAGAACCAGGCGAGGGCACAGUAUCAAGACAAACUUGCCAGGCAGAGGUAUGACGAUCAGCUCAGGCAACAGCAAUUCAUGAACGAGGAGAGCCUUCGCAAACAAGAGGAAUCGGUCAUGAAGCAAGAGGCCAUGAGAAAAGCUACCAUUGAACAUGAGAUGGAUCUGAGACACAAGAACGAUCUGCUUCGCAUUGAAGCCGAGGCAAAAGCCCGUGCCCAGGUGGAGCGGGAGAACGCAGACCUGAUCAGGGAACAGAUUCGCCUGAAAGCUGCCGAACACAGACAAACUGUCCUUGAAUCUAUAAAGACGGCAGGAACAGUGUUUGGGGAGGGAUUCAGGGCCUUCGUCUCGGACUGGGACAAACUCACAGCCACGGCUGCUGGGUUGACCCUGCUGGCGGCUGGAGUGUAUUCUGCCAGGAACGCCACAGGGGUGGCCGGGCGCUACAUAGAGUCUCGUCUGGGCAAACCCUCGCUGGUCCGAGAGACCUCCAGGAUAACUGUUGCAGAGGCCAUCAAACAUCCAAUCAAGACAACCAGGCGUCUGAGAAGCAGACCGCAGGAUGCCUUGGAGGGUGUGGUGCUCAGCGCAGCUUUGGAGGGACGUGUGAGGGACAUUGCCAUUGCGACUCGUAACACCAGGCAGAACAAAGGCUUGCACAGAAACAUCCUGAUGUAUGGACCCCCAGGAACCGGAAAAACUCUCUUCGCCAAGAAACUGGCUCUCCAUUCAGGGAUGGACUAUGCCAUCAUGACAGGUGGAGAUGUGGCACCCCUGGGGCGCGAUGGAGUCACUGCCAUGCACAAGGUGUUUGACUGGGCAAGCACCAGCAGCAGAGGCGUCCUGCUGUUUGUAGAUGAAGCUGACGCAUUCCUGCGUAAGCGAUCCACUGAGAAAAUCAGUGAGGACCUCAGAGCCGCCCUCAAUGCAUUCCUUUACCGCACUGGGGAGCAGAGCAACAAGUUCAUGCUGGUGCUUGCUAGUAACCAGCCAGAACAGUUCGACUGGGCCAUUAAUGACCGCAUUGAUGAGAUUGUAAACUUUGCGUUGCCGGGUCUGGAGGAGAGGGAAAGAUUGGUGCGCCUGUAUUUCGAUAAAUUUGUGCUGGGUCCUGCCACUACAGGGAGACAGAGAUUAAAGUUGGCUCAGUUCGACUAUGGCCUGAAGUGUUCUGACAUUGCAAAGCGAGCAGAAGGCAUGUCUGGUCGUGAAAUCUCUAAACUUGGUGUUGCCUGGCAGGCUGCUGCAUAUUCUUCUGAAGACGGAGUUUUGACCGAAGUGAUGAUCGACUCAAGAGUUGAUGAUGCCAUCAAACAGCAUGCACAGAAAAUGGACUGGCUGCUGAUGGAAGCAGGUGCCGGGGUUGGCAAGGUCGGUGUGCUCCUCCCUAAGGAAAUGGCUGCAGGGAUCGCAGCCCAGGAAGCUGAGUCACUUGGACAAACUGAAGAGACAACCCCGACCAUACAACAAGUCCUUCCACUCAUUGAGGUUGUGAGCAACGCUGCCCAGGCAGAAGCAGCCACUCUACCUCCGGAAGCAGAGGCAGAGGUUAUUCUCAAAGAGGCAGCAACUUUAGUUAAGGAAAGUGAAGUUGUUGCAGAGGCAACUGAAGGAACAGUUGAAACCAUUGUUGAGACAGCUACUGCUGUGCCAUUGGUGCAGGAGGUUGAAGCCAUCAAGGACCUGACUGAGGAGGUUACAGGCACAGCUAUAGCUACUGACACUGUUGUUCCUGAAGUGAAGGAUACUGCCGUUGAGGUUAAAGAGGCUGAGGGUGUACUAGAUUCUGCUGCCCAAGAAACUGCUGCUGUGACCAAAGAAGAGCUAACUACUGAUGUUGCUGCGCAAGAGAGUGAGGCCACAGAAAUAGUCAAGGAGGAAAAGGAUGCUGUUGCACACUUGGAAACAACAGUCUCUGCUGUUGCUCAGGAGAAGGAAUCAGAUGCUGUUGUCUCCAAUGUUGCCCCGGAGGCAGAGUCAGCUGCCUCCUCUGUUGAUGGUGUAGGAAUUGAAGCCAGUAAGGCUGCAGAGGCAGAACAAGUGGCAACUGACGCUGCAAAGGUAGAGGAAAUGGCAAACAAUGUAGCUCAAGUGACUGGGUCCAUGGCAAACAUCGUAACACAGGCUGAGGCAAUAGCAACUGAUGUGGCCAAGGUGGCUGAUGCUGUGGCAGCCGUUGCUGAAGAGAUAGAGGCAGCAGUUACCAAGGAGGUUGAAGCGAUGGAAAGUGACGUUGUCAGGGAAGCAAAUGAAGUUGUAGUAGAAACUGAGUCUCAGACAUCGGAGGUUCCUAAAGAGGUUGAAGUGUUAGUGACAAAUGUGGCCAAGGAAUCUGAAAGUGAUGCUGCAGAGGUUGUUAAGGAGGUCGAACCUGUGAUGACUGGGACUGCUGCCAAGGAGGCAGAAGUCGCCUCAGCAGAGGUUCCCAAGGAGGCAGAAGUCGCCUCAGCAGAGGUUCCCAAGGAGGCAGAAGUCGCCUCAGCAGAGGUUGCCAAGGAGGCAGAAGUCGCCUCAGCAGAGGUUCCCAAGGAGGCAGAAGUCGCCUCAGAAGAGGUUCCCAAGGAGGCAGAAGUCCUAACAACCAAAGAGGCUGGUGCUGAGGCUACAGAAGAUGUGAAACUGCCUGAGACUGCCGAUGUUGCUACAAAGGAAGCUGAGGUGAAAGCAACAAAGGCCACAGAGGAGUUAGGGACCGCAACAACUGAAGUAACAGAUGAGACAGCAGCGGUUCCGAACAUUGAAACCAAGGCUGAUACAGAGACUGUUGUGCCAGAACAGUCUGAGAAACCUGAGAGUCCAACCGCAGAGAAGUCGGCUGCCUCUCAGACUCCCAGCACUGAAGACAAGGAACCCAGUCAGUCUGAGAAACCUCCUCCACCAGCCAAGUCCAGUCCAACAAAAUGAUCACUUGGAAUCUGUGAUGAAAUGGUAUUGGUAAAAAAGGGCAGGGGUAAUUCUUAAAGUUUCUGUAAACAACUCGCACUGCCACUACAUGUUGCACUAGAGCAAGAUCAUUUCAGAUCAAAAACACACAGAGGGUGUGCGUCUUUGUGUUCAGCCUCUGUCCGGACUCACCACAGACCCCUGUUAUUUCCCUUCAGUCGCUCUUCUUUAUCCCCUCUUGUCUCUGUACCAUUAUAGAGUAAAUGUCCCCUCCAGUCAGCAGUCAACACGGCCAAAGAGACUAAUUAACGUUGCAGUACAUCACACCUGAGAGUGGAGGUCGGCCCCUCUGUGGCCGGCUGCUGCAGACGGGUUGAGAAGUGAGAGUGGAGAUGACUCUGCUUGAUGAUUCUACUUUUUAAUCCCAGUAAAAAAAAAACUCUGAGCUAACCCUGCUCCUGCUGGUAAACAGCUCUGGAUCAGAGGAGAAUCGGGUGUCAGUGCAGGUGUUUAUUCCACCAGAAGCUCCAGCUCUGCACGGCUUUCUCCUCCAGAGCUCCCCCUGCGCUCAGAAGACUUCUUUUGGCUCCUUAGUCUCUUCUUAGACUGGAAUGCCCUGAUUAAUGUAAUAGAUUGAUUAUGGUCUGUAUGUUUGCAGAAGUCUGAAUAAAAUAAUGUGUAAAUCAUCA